AGAUUUGUCGUCAUUAUCAAAUAAAUUUCUAGAAGGGUCUAAUUUCUCCGAUAAAACCCAUUUCUUUUCCACUGCUUGGAGCUGCUCUUUUCAACUUGCUAGGGUUUAUCUUCUUCCUCAUUCUACAAUCUUCUUUCUACACCAUUAGUGCCGCUUCUCCAUUUCUUAUCUUCAGAACCUCCUAUGGCGGCAGCUCAAUUUACUGGGUCUUUAAUUUCCUCGAGGAAUUUGCUGCCUUCUUUCAGUGGCCUUCGUCCUUCUUCUGUGAAAUUCUCUCCUUCUGCUAACCAUGUUCGAGUUGGGGGUUUGGCUAACAGAUCUUUCACUGGCUUGGUUGUUAGAGCUGCUACUGUGGUUGCUCCAAAGUACACUUCAAUCAAGCCAUUGGGCGAUAGAGUGUUGGUGAAGAUAAAGGAAGCUGAAGAGAAGACUGAUGGAGGGAUUUUACUUCCGACAACAGCUCAGACAAAACCCCAAGGAGGGGAGGUAGUUGCGGUUGGUGAAGGCAAGACAAUUGGAAAUACUAAAGUAGAAGCUAGUGUAAAGACUGGUGCUCAAGUAGUGUACUCUAAGUAUGCUGGAACUGAAUUAGAGUUCAAUGGUUCAAAGCAUCUUAUCCUGAAGGAAGAUGAUAUAGUUGGUAUACUAGAAACAGACGACGCUAAAGAUCUUCAGCCCCUAAACGACAGGGUUUUGAUCAAGGUAGCUGAGGCUGAGGAAAAAACAGCUGGAGGUUUAUUGUUAACAGAGGCAACAAAAGAGAAGCCGUCCAUCGGAACGGUGAUCGCAGUUGGUCCGGGUCAUCUGGACGAAGAAGGCAACAGGAAACCGCUAACCGUUGCAGUGGGAAACAACGUGAUGUACUCGAAGUAUGCAGGGAACGAAUUCAAGGGCAAAGAUGGAUCUGAUUACAUUGCUUUGAGGGCUUCAGACUUGAUUGCAGUGCUAUCUUAGUUGUAAAAACUUAAAUUUAGACUGAUUGGUUAAUGGUCAUGUAAAACUCAUGUGUUUUAAUGGUUUUGGUUUGGUGAAAAAAGAGGAAAUUGAGAUGGAUUUUGAGAGAGAGAAAGAGUGUUAGAGUAAGAUUUGAAAAGGCAACUGAGAUGGAAAUUUCGGAAAUAAGAAGGGGAAUUUAUUUGUUGAA